AUGAGGAUGUUGCAGUCAAACACUAUCACACAAUUGGAGAUUGACGCCAUAAUGCUUGAAGAAGAAAAUCCUCACAGACCAAGAGUUUUUCAAAGAGAGAAGAAGAAACCUGCUGAGGUCUCUUGUCGCCGAUUAGGGAACAUCUCCGUACGCUCUUAUUUGGAUCCCUGGGCGUGCAUUUUAUUCUCAGCUGCCAGAAUGACUCUUAGUAAGAGCAUUUCCUUGGGUGACCUGAUCUUGAUCUGCAUCUUGUUCGUUCUUGCUGUGGCUGUCAUCAUCUUCUGCCUUUGGAAGCGUAAAUCUCCUCCAUCCUUGCCUGCUCAGGUGUCUGCAUAUGAGGUGGCCAUGACGCCUCUUGACUCACGAUCUCCCUGGUCUACUCCUGCUCAGCCGGACUUCUCUCCAACAGCCUCGAGUUAUUACUCGGUAGGAAUACGCACCCCAUCACCUUAUACUGGGUGCUUCACGCCAGCUCGAAUCAACUUAACCUAG